AUGUCUUCGACCAUCGUCACGACUGAUCAAGCCGUUUCCCGCUCCCUCCAUUCCCGCCGCGGCUCCUCCUUUUCUGCCGCGCAACCGUACCGUCAAUCGGGGAACCCCUCUCCAACCGCCAUGAUGCCGUCAGCAUCACAGUCCCAACCCUCAUCCCAGCAAUCUUUCACAAUGAGCCAGCAAUCUCAGGCCGGCUUCCGUGGCUAUAACGACUCAAGACUCGCCAAUGAUGCCCCUCAAAUUUACAGCGCCGUUUACUCGGGCGUCGAUGUCUACGAGAUGGAAGUAAACGGUAUUGCCGUCAUGCGCAGGCGGCAAGACAGUUGGCUCAAUGCGACCCAGAUUCUCAAGGUAGCCGGCGUAGACAAGGGAAAGCGCACCAAGAUCCUCGAAAAAGAAAUCCAGACCGGCGAGCACGAAAAGGUUCAGGGAGGCUACGGAAAAUACCAGGGCACAUGGAUCAAAUUCGAGCGAGGUGUCGAGGUCUGCCGCCAGUACGGAGUCGAGGAGGUGCUACGCCCGCUUCUGACAUACGAUAUGGGCCAAGACGGUGGCAUUGCCGGCCGCGGAGAUUUCAACACACCCACCAAGGAACAGGCCAUGGCCGCUCAGAGGAAGCGCCUCUACAACGCUGGCAAUGAGGCCAGGGCUAACGGCCUCGCCGGCUUGAACGGCACCUUCUUCAAGAACAUCUCGAGCACUGCAUCGCAUGCCGUAGCAGCCAUCAGCAAGGCACGGUUCGACUCGCCCGGCCCGAGGGGUCGCAACGGACCUACCAAGGCGCCCAGCUUCAGCCGCCAGAGCUCCAUGCAGAACAGCGACGAUUUCCCCGGUAACUCACAGCAGAGCUAUGCCUCGGAUUAUAGCCAGCAGGUUGACUCUGCCUACUCGACCCAACAAACAAGCCAGCAGUUCAUCGAUGGCCCAGAACCGCCUCGCAAGCGCCAGCGGGUCACCAUGACUCCGGCCGAAAGCUUCGGCGGCUACAGCAACUCGAUGGAAAUGUACCAGAACAACUUUCCCGGGUCCCCCACAGAACCCAAUGAGUCCUUCAUCUACUCCCAAGCGAAUGCAACUGUCCACGACGGCCACAGCCCUCUCAGUCCUCUGCCGUUCGAGAUGUCGCCGGAUGCCGAGGCUAAGCGAAGCAUGCUGAUGAGCCUCUUUAUGGACUCGGCCGCAUCUGAUCAGUCCAAGCACGAAAUGCUACGAACUUUGGCCCCAAUUGAACUGGACAUGCCUAUCGACCAGCAAAGCCACACCGCGCUGCAUUGGGCUGCCACCCUAUCGCGCAUGUCUCUGUUGCGCGCGCUGAUCGCCGCAGGCGCUAACCCUUUCCGUGUCAAUGCUUCUGGGGAGACUGCUCUCGUAAGGGCAUGUGUAGUUACAAACUCCAUGGACCUCGGUUCUUUCCCAGAUCUUCUAGAUGUACUGGGAGGCACCAUCGAAGUCCGCGACAGCAAGGGACGCACCGUUCUCCAUCAUAUUGCAAUGACCAGCGCCGUUAAGGGUAGGAACGCGGCCAGUCGGUAUUACUUGGAGAGCCUGUUGGAAUGGGUGGUCAGGCAAGGCAGUGUUCCUAACGGCCAGAACGCCGCCAACGGAAACGGAACCAGCGCACCAAGCAGUUCCCAGUCGCAACAACAGUCGCAGCCCAAGAUGGGCAUUGCGCGUUUCAUGACGGAAAUCGUCAACGCCCAAGACCACGCCGGUGACACAGCACUCAACAUUGCGGCAAGGAUAGGCAACCGAAGCAUCAUCUCGCAGCUGCUGGAGGUUGGAGCAGACCCUAAUAUUGCCAACCGAGCUGGCUUGCGGCCUGUAGACUUUGGUAUUGGCGGUGAUGCCACAGAUGAAGGCACGAGUGUUGCUAAUGGUGUCACUGAGGUGAAUGGCGACGUUGAGAAGAACGGAGUCGUGAGCAGCCAGCGCACAAAAGAGAGCAGCGAUGACAUUGUAUCAUCCAUUACACAUUUACUGAACGAGGCAAGCUCCACUUUCCAGAGCGAAGUCAAGACAAAACAAGCCGUUAUCGAGUCACUGCACUCGACACUCCGUACCACCUCAGCACAACUAGGUGAGGCAAGGAGAAAUCUUGAGGCGAUGCAGGCGACAUUGAGGAAACAGCAACUCGCCCGCCAGAAGGUGUCGAACCUCAGCCACGCUCGCGAGGAGGAGCAGAUCCGUCUAAUGCAGGAACAAAACCGCGCCGGCCGUACCGAUUCGCUGUCCUCGUCAUGGGAGACGGAGCUCGGCGCGGCGCUAGAGACGGCCGGCAACGGCGAAGAAGCCGGUUUGCUGCCCUCGGCAGCAGUUCUAAAGGCGAGACUGAACGCCGUCUCAGCGAGACGGGAUGUCACCCGCAAGAUGGCAGCCGCCCUCAAGGGACGGAGUAAAGACGUUGAAAUCAAGUACAGGCGGGUGGUGGCCAUCAGCACCGGUGUGCCUGAGGACCAGGUCGAUGCCGUCGUGGACGGCCUGCUUCGAGCUGUUGAGAGCGAGAAGGGCGAGUUGGAGGUCGAGCGCGUAAGGCGUUUCCUAGGCGGCGUCGAGGGCGUGGUGCAUUAA